GCCCGCGGGGCGGAGCUGGCCGGCGCGAUCGUCUCGGCUCGGCCGCCGGACCGACCAUGGAGGAUACGCUAUUCCAGUUGAAGUUCACAGCAAAGCAGCUGGAGAAGCUAGCCAAGAAGGCGGAGAAGGAUGCCAAGGCUGAGCAAGCCAGGGUGAAGAAGGCCCUUCAGCAGAAAAACGUGGAGUGUGCCCGAGUGUAUGCUGAGAAUGCCAUCCGCAAGAAGAAUGAAGGCGUGAAUUGGCUCCGCAUGGCGUCCCGCGUGGACGCGGUGGCCUCCAAGGUGCAGACGGCCGUGACCAUGAAAGGGGUGACUAAGAACAUGGCCCAGGUGACCAAAGCCUUGGACAAGGCCCUGAGCACCAUGGACCUGCAGAAGGUCUCUGCUGUGAUGGACAGGUUCGAGCAGCAGGUGCAGAACCUGGAUGUGCACACGUCGGUGAUGGAGGACUCCAUGAGCUCAGCCACCACUCUGACCACACCUCAGGAGCAGGUGGACAGCCUCAUCAUGCAGAUUGCCGAGGAGAACGGGCUGGAGGUGCUGGACCAGCUCAGCCAGCUGCCCGAGGGCGCCUCUGCUGUGGGGGAGAGCUCUGUGCGCAGCCAGGAGGACCAGCUGUCGCGGAGGUUGGCUGCCUUGAGGAAUUAGCCACGCCCUCCUCGUGCACUGCCUCCCCUGCCCUUCCCCACUGCGUCUUGCCUUCCUACUGACCCUGCUGGGCGACAGCCCCGCCUCUCAGCUGCUGUCACCUGCCAGGCCUCCGUGGCCUUUGGAACCCUUCCCGUUCUCUUGGGUUGGACGGCACAUCUGUUCCACCACUGUUUGCACUUCCGUGACUUUGGGCCGGCCACAGGGACGCUGGCCGAGCUCCCCUUGGCCUUCAGCCUCCGUGAACUUCAGCCUAGCACAGUGAGGGCCAGGCAGCUCCUGGAGUCUCUCCUUCUCCCACUUCAGCAGGGAGCAUCCCCACCUGUGGCCGGUGUGUGCUGGGGACAUGGCAGACAGCGGUCUCCUCCUCUUGGCUCCCUUGGCUCUUCAGGGUGCCCAGACCACAGGGGCAGGACUGGCAUCCACUUCCAGGUGCCCACUCUGGGGGUCAGCCUUGCCGAGCAGCUGCCUCUAGGUGUGCUUGGAACUCUGCCGAGGGCCCCAGCAGGUGUGUGUUCGUGCCCUCAUCACUCCAGGAAGCCCUCCCAGCACAGAGGGCAGGAGCUUUGCCUGUGGCCAGCAGUGGUGGCUGCAAAGACUGCAUGCUGCCGUAUCCACGGUGGAACAGCUGGCAGCAGCUCGUUGAGGACAUGCUGGCUUCACCUGAGAGGGCCUUGGGCAGAGGUUACUGUCUUGUUUCUUCUGUUUCCUAAAGUUUACUUCGUUUCUGUGACGUUCAUGGGACUUGUUUUUGCCAAAGUAGAAAGCAAGUGGCAGACAAAGGUGUUGGGUCUAAGCUGCCUCCGUGUGACCAGUGCUGCCCGUGCCUGGACAGCCUGAGGCUGGCUGUGGUGCGGCCAAGGAGACCCUUCCCCUGGCCAGCCCCCCUUUAUCUGGACUUUGGAGCCCCUAGGGUUUGGAGUUGGGAGCUGAUGUUGAGGGAAAGGGCAGCACAGGUGGCUUUUGGAGUUGGGGGUCAAGGCAAUGUCUAGCCAUGGUCUCCUCGGGACUCCCCCAAUCUGACCCACACUGAAUGUGAAGAAGGGGGUGCUGAUGUCUCCUGUGGCAGACAGCCUCAGGGCCCAGGAAUGCAGGAGCUGGGGCACAGAUGGGGUCUGUGGAGGGAGGUGGGUGCCUGCCUAUCUGCUCAAUGUCAGAAGUAAAGAUGGCUCUCUGGAAA